UCGUUCCUCCCUCUUAUUCUCAUCUCCAUAGCGUGCCUUAACGAAAACGAAAAUCUUUGAUCUCAAUUUCCCCAAUUUCUAACCUACAAAUAAGAAAUUCAAUACACCAAACACUUUGAUUUUCCUUCUUUCGUUCCACUGCUCUGCACUUUUUCUACUCCCUCUCUCUUGAUCUAUUAGGGUUUUACUUUUAAUUUUAGGGUUUUAGGUGAAACCGAAGUUUCUCUUCCUUUUUUUCUGCUGCUUGAUUGGUGGUUUCUAUGGCGAAGGAAACCCUAGACGAGAAAAAAACGGAGGAAGAGGAGGCUACUCCGGUUAAAGGAAAAGAUGAGGAAAAGAUAGAGAAGGGAAACGGUGAGGAAUGUAAGGAGGUUUCCGUAAAAAAUGAUUCUCAGAAAACUGAGGAAACAAUGGAAGUUGACGAGAAAGAGGAGGAAGAGAAAGUGAAAGAGGAAGAAGUGGAAAAAGAGGAAGAGAAAGAAGUGGAGGAAGAGGAAGAAGACAGCGGAGAUGAAGGAACUAAAAGUGCUAAAGGUAGUGGUCGAAAGGGAAGCUCAAGGAAACCCAGUCGAGGUUCGGCUGAGAAAAAAGAGCCUGUGACACCGAGUAGUGAUAGGCCUACAAGGGAAAGGAAAGUCGUGGAAAGGUACUCAGCUCCUUCCGUUGCCAGGUCUUCCUCAGCCAAAUCUUUUUCAAUUGAAAAGGGUCGCGGCACUCAACUUAAAGAUAUUCCGAAUGUGGCCUUCAAACUGUCGAAGAGAAAAGCUGAUGACAAUCUGCAAAUGCUUCAUGUGAUACUCUUUGGAAAGAAAGCAAAGCCUUACAGUUUGAAGAGAAACAUUGGCCAAUUUUCGGGCUAUGUUUGGGUUGAAAAUGAGCAGGAAAAACCAAAAGCAAAAGUAAGGGAAAAAAUUGAAAAGUGUGUUAAAGAAAAACUGGUUGAUUUCUGUGAUUUGCUGAAUAUUCCAAUUGCCAAGGCCACUGUAAGAAAGGAGGAAGUCUCUGCCAAAUUAUUGGAGUUUUUAGAGUCACCCCAUGCUACUACUGACAUUCUUCUUGCUGACAAGGAAGAGAAGGGUAAAAAGCGUAAAGCUAUACCAAGCAAAAACAUUGGUUCUGGGGAGGCAUCAGAUACAUCUGCCAAGCGGCAAAGAGCACCCCAAGGUGGGGAAAAGCAUAAGCGUUCAUCCAAAGCUGAGGAAGAAGAUGUUGGUAAAGUUGAAUCCCCUGUCUCUAGAGAUUCGCAUGAAGAUGAUGCUGACACUACUCCUAAAGAAGAGAAUGAUGAUGAAGAAACUAAGUCAGAGAAGGAAGAAGAGCCCAAAAAGUCUAGCGAAAAAAGUACUUCAAAAAAGACUGCAACGGAGAGUCCCGAGUCAAAAAGCAAGGAUAAGUCCACACCCGGAAAGAAGGUUACCCCUGCAAAAUCCAGCAAAAAAUCACCUGGAUCAACUUCAAAGAAAGAUGUCAGUGAUGGUGGAACUUCUGGUUCUAAAUCAAAGGGUUCUGCGUCAAAAAAGUCAAAGGUUGAAAAGGAAAGCUCUAAGGGUGGUUCCACCAAAGACAAGGUUGUUGGCAAGAAGCAAACAAACAAGUCAACAGAAAAGGUUUCUGCAAAGUCGCAAGGUAAAGGAAAAAGUGGUAAGAAACCUAAACCCGAGCCUACCAGGGAAGAGAUUCAUGAUGUAGUGGUAGAUGUUCUAAAAAAAGUGGACUUCAACACUGCAACAUUAUCUGAUAUCCUUCGACAACUGGGUGCACACUUUGGGCUGGAUUUGAUGCACCGGAAAGCCGAGGUGAAGGACAUUAUUACGGAAGUGAUAAAUAACAUGACAGAUGAGGAUGAGGAAGGGGAAGAAAGCGAGGAGAAUGCUGAUACAGGCGGUGGAGCGGAUAAAGAUAGUGAUGGAGAUGAUUAGUUUGGCCAUAUGUAACUUGUGAGAUGUGGAUGGUCAUGGGAUUUGAUUUUCAGUUGUGAUAGAAUUAUUAUAGAAUUGGCUUAGUGAUUUUAGAUAGUGGGAUUGUAACAUGCGAGUUGAUGACUCUUGAGGUAACUUAAUUGUAGUAGUAUGUAUGGUUGUA